CUAUCGCUACUCAGCAAAAAUGGCGAUUUAUUAAGAAGACAGACGCUUUACCUUUACACAACACGGACACAAUUUUAACACUAAAAUACUGUUUUAGAUCGAAAUUAAACAAAAGAUGGGCGGUGAACUUGGACCAAACAUUUGUCGCGUGUGCUUGGAGCCCAGCCAGCGAUUGCAAUGGAUAGACGAAUCACGUGAAGAAGGCGAGGAGACUCCAAAUGAAAUGCUUAUACAGCUGCUAGGAGUUUCAUUCAGUAAAUUAAAUGGAAAAGAUCAGAUUCCUCAUGGUAUAUGCAAGCAGUGCAAGGUGGAGCUGAACAUGGCAUUUCAGUUCCGAGAGAAGGCUCUGCGCAAGCAAGCGGAAAUCGAGCAAUAUUGCCGUGAAUUGGGACUGUUGGAUGAGGCCGAAGAUUACCUUGUCAAGGAGGAAUUGGGAUCACAGCAGGUGGAGGAUGAAGAAAUGAAUGACUUUGUAAUGAGCGAAGCAGCAUGUGCUAACGGUGAUGCUGAAGAUGGCUCUCAAAACGAUGAUUUUCUGGACGUUGAUGCCACACAUGAUCAUCAGGAAGUCAUCAGUGAUGACAUUGAGUACUUGGAUGACAACUAUACCAUAGAAAUAAUUCCCAAGUCCGAUGAUGUCGGGCUUGAAACUAAAUAUGAUGACACGCCAACUCCUUCUGACAACAAAUCUCGUCGUGGUCGCACAAGUCUCAGCCUGAAUGCCGCCAAAUCGGAGCAUAAAGACACUCAGCAGAACUUUGGGUUUACUGCUGGCGCUGACAUUAAACCUCGACGUGGACGAGUACGUACAGGCCUCAAUUCUCUGCGCACUUCGGAUGGCACUGAGAAGGGCGGCUAUGUUUGUGAUGUAUGUGGCAAUUUCUAUGAGAAACGGGGACGAAUGAUGGAACAUCGUCGACGUCACGAUGCCGUAUGUCAAUACCAGUGCGAACUCUGCGAUGCCAAGUUCCAAGUGCGCGAACAGUUGCGCAAACACAUGUAUUCCCAUACGGGUAGCAAGCCCUUUAAAUGCAGCUUCUGUAGUCGUCAAUUCUUCUACGAGAGCGUAUUAAAGUCGCACGAAAACGUGCAUCGCGGAAUCAAGCCGUAUGUGUGCAAGCUCUGUGACAAGGCCUUUGCGUACGCACACUCUCUAACGAAGCACGAGCUGAUUCACUCGGAUAUCAAGCUGUAUAGGUGCGAGUACUGCCAAAAGGAUUUCCGACUUUUACACCAUAUGCGCCAGCACGAGGAGACCAAGUGUCAUCAAAAUGCAGUGAUGCUAGCUGAAACCUUAAAAUAUGAUCGAGAGCAGGAAGUCGAGCUGCUUGCUAUGGAAGAAAUAAAGGAUGUUAAACUUCGCUUGCCCCAGCUCUCCUUAACAUCACAAUAACGAAGCUGUACUCUUAAGCAAUAGAUUAUAAAUUAAUCAAACUUAAAUAUACAAAAAUGUGUAUUUCACAAAAAUACAUUGUGUUCUUUUUAAUA